UUUCCCUUGGCUUCACAGUGGAUGGAACAGGUUUAUUUACGCAGAGUCCUGCUAUACCAACGCCGCUCAGAGUUUCCCGUUACCUCGAGAUGUUAUUCCGAUAUUCUUAAGAAGGAGUUUCUCCCUGUCUUUUCCACUUGGUACUGACAGUAGCCUCCUGUCAGUAGGCACGACAAUCCGCUCUGAAUCUUGCAGGAAAAGGUUAUUUUGGGGGAAUGGUGCUGGCAACAAGAGUGUAAUUGCGCUGUAGAGUAGAGUGGCCACUUCACCUCAGCAGCUCAUCGCCUCUUUGUCUGUACAGAGUGCAGUAUGAGUAAAGCAGCCACAAUGGAGAUUCCUAUUAACAGUAAUGGUGGCACACGGGCAUUAGCAGAAGAUGACAGCCUUGAACAGGCUGCAAAGCUGCAGUGGAGCUUAGAUGAGAAGGUAGGGAGCUCCAGAGGCACCAGGGAUCUACAGCAGGUGAUGGUAUCAGGUCCCAAUCUCAACGAGACCAGCAUUGUUUCUGGAGGGUAUGGAGGAACAGCAGAAGGGAUCAUUCCCACCGGCUCCAUCAAAGGCCCCAACAUGCACCACAGCACUAGCAGCUCGUCAAUGACCGCAGAAGAGGCGACACGUGGCGUGGCUGUGGAAAAAUAUGAAGCAAUGAAGAAAUGGGGUUUGAACACUUACAAGUGUACAAAGCAAAUUAUCUCUGAGCGUUUUGGUCGGGGAUCUCGAACAGUGGAUCUCGAGCUAGAGGCUCAGAUAGAGGUGCUGAGGGACACGAAAAGGAAAUAUGAAAGUGUGCUGCGAUUGGCCAAAGCGCUGACCAAUCAUUUUUACAACAUGGUGCAGACACAGCACGCGUUGGGUGACACAUUUGCUGACCUCAGUCAGAAAUCUCCAGAGCUACGUGAUGAGUUUGGCUUCAAUGCAGAGACUCAGAAACUGCUGUGCAAGAAUGGGGAGACUUUACUUGGUGCCAUUAACUUCUUUGUGUCCAGUAUCAACACAUUAGUCAACAAGACUAUGGAGGACACUCUGAUGACAAUCAGGAUGUAUGAAAAUGCCAGACUGGAGUUUGAUGCCUACCGGUCAGACCUUGAGGAGCUGAGUAUGGGUCCGAGGGAUGCAGUGACCAUGGCACGUAUAGAGGGUGCACAGGAGCAGUACCAGGUUCAUAAGGAAAAGUAUGAACGCCUUCGUUCAGAUGUUAUCAUAAAGCUAAACUUUCUGGAGGAAAAUAAGGUAAAGGUAAUGCAUAAGCAGCUCCUUCUCUUCCAUAAUGCCAUCUCAGCGUACUUUGCUGGCAAUCAACAACAGUUGGAGCAAACGCUGAAGCAGUUUAACAUAAAAUUGAGGCCCCCAGGGGCUGACAAGCCUUCUUGGUUAGAAGAGCAGUGAGAGGCCCAGCAGCCUCUGUCUCAACCACCUCCACCUGUUACCUUUUAAAAACCCCAAGAGGACCACUACAGAAGGAAACACACUGAGAUAAAUUGGUGGAUGAAGAUACUGAGCAUAUUUUGGAUGGAUGGUUUUUUCAUGAACUUAAUGCAGCAGGAAACUAAGUGGCCAGUUUCACAAAAACUAUUUUUUUUUUUUUUCUGUGCCUCUUCUCAACUUCCUUUAUCCAUUCUAACUUCUCCUUGUGCUCGGUUCCUUGAGAAAGUGUUCAGCUUCUCUGCUCGUCUGAUCCACUCAAUGUAACCACCUUCCCUAACUGGGCACCUAUUUUGCAGAGUGUGCUUGUGUUCGUCUUGUUAACGGCCAUUAUUGUACUCCUAAGUGCUCCCAGUGCUUGGAGUUGAUCAUAAAACUUCAGCCUUACUUCUAGCAGCCUCUGUUACUUCAGUAAAAAUUGUGGCAAAAGUUAUAAAACACAGUUGUAAUUUAACACUACUUUUAACCUUCAUCACUCUCCCACUGUGCCUCCUUAUAUAUGAGCAACAGGUAAACUUUAUUUGAUUAGAAAUUCACCCAACAGUUUACUUGAGAAUUUUAAUUCAAAAUAUCCGAAACUCAGAUAUAGAUGAAUUACACACAGUGAUACAUUUCAAGAGUGUUUAUUUUUAUGAUAUGUCUUUGAGCUAAUCAAAACCCAUAAUUCAGUUUAUGAAAGAAAAAAAAUAUUACAAAAGACCAAUUAAAAGGACAGAAAUAUAUUACUACACAGUUAGGAGGAAGACUGCUUACUUGAGAGUUGUCCAGCAGGCGGUCAAAUACAUCUCCACAAGGAGGUUGAGGUAUAAAAAAAAAAGGUCAUUGCUAAAGAAGUUGGCUGUUCGGAGUGCCAUAUUGAAAUAUGUUGAUGACAAGUUGAGUGGAAGGAAAAAGUGAGAUUGAAAAAAAAGCAAUUUCAACCCUGAUGGAGAUGCUGAUUUCAUUUUCCACCACCAUUGGCUAUCUGCCCACACUUUCAAAAGUUUUAAUCACCACAGUAUCACUGGGUUUUAUUAUCCAGCAAACUGGCCUGACCUAAAGCCUUUAGAGAAUCUGUAUUGCCAUGAGGAGGAUGACGUUUCAGAAGGCUCACAUUUCUGUAUUAAAAAUGCUUUUAUUAGUUGGUCUUCAUGGAUUUUUGUGCAUAAUCAGCAAAAUAACACAAAUAAACACUUGAAAUAUAUUCUGCAUGUUAUGAAUCUAUAUAACAUAAGUCAGACAUUUUGAAUUAAAUUGUUGAAAUAAAAUUUCAAUCACGUUUGAAUUUAUUAAGAUGCACCUGUAAUGUGGUUAAUAAAAUAUGUCCAGGAGAAACGUUCAUAAAAUUCUUUCUUAACACGUCUAUUUGUAGUAAACUAAAAACAGAGAUUCCAAAUCAAUGUAAAUCUUAAAUUAAGGGUUACUUUACUUUUCAAAAACACUUGAUUGUUUGUAGAUUUAUUAAAGUAAAUUAACAUAUGUCUGUAUUCUCCAUCAAACACUUCACUCUUCAACAGGAAAUACUUUGAUUCCGAUAUGCAACAAUCGUUUACGGAGCACUGCCACAGUUUCACAGAGUACUUUCUUUGAUUUUUCUUUUUUUUUUUUUUGACUAAACGUGUUUUAGAAAGAAAGAAAGAACAGACCGAGAUGUUAAUUGGAUGCAGACCUUGUUUGCCUUGUUUACAUGGGCCUUUAUUUUUGUUUUUCUUUCUACUGAUUGGUUUUCAUAGUGGAAUUUGCCCAUAUCUUUUUACAAUUAGUUUGAGUCAAGAAAAUGAACUGGAGUCAUUUCACUAGUUAACUCUUACUGAAUAGUAUCAUAUAGGAAACUAUUACAUUUAGGUUUUGUUUUAAAUAUCUUGAUACUUUGUCUGAUAAAUGUCUGGCUUACAUUUGCAUAAAGCUAACAACUGUGUGUCUUUUGACAUCAACAGUUGCACCUUCUGGUUCUGCUAAAGGAGAACGUUGAUCUACAAUUAGCAUCCUUGAAGAUUGCCAUUGAUAUUCCAAUGUUAUGUAAUGUCAAGUUUUUACAUAUCACUGUAUUUAUUAUUCAUCUGUUGAAGUCAGCACUUUGUUCUAAACACUAUUCAGUUUGUGCAUAUGACAUUUAAGAUGGCAAUACACUAUGAUGAAAUGACCAUAUCUAUGACUGAACCACUCCAAAAGCUAAGUCAAAAGUGAUAAAGGCUACAAUACUG